ACCUUGUGUACCAACCACAAGAGAUAACAAAAGAGUCCCCUGGGUGGCAGCCAUUAACGUUAGAGAAAUUCAAACAAUCCACAGUUUGCUAAUAAUUGCAACUACAGAUUCUCUAUUUAAUACGUUGUUUUACAGCGGCAACAUUUGAUCUGUUAGGAAGAUGGGCAGGAGCAGGAGCCGAACUCCGCAAAGACGAGAGAGACGACGUUCUCGCUCAACGUCACGGGAGCGUGAGCGAAGGCGAAGGGAGAGGGAUCGUUCCCGUUCUCGAGAUCGAGACCGAGACAGGCGCAGAAGUCGCUCACGAUCUCCUCACAGGAGGCGUUCAAGGUCUCCUGCUAGACGUCAUCGCUCCUCCUCCCUCUCUCCUAUGAGACAGAAAGAUCGGCGUGACGAUGAGCGCAAAGACGUUAAGGAAAAGGCAGCAAAGCCAAUUCAGAUUUCAGCGGAGGACAUGCAAGGGAAAACAGAAGAGGAAAUUGAGAUGAUGAAACUGAUGGGAUUUGGUAACUUUGAUUCCACCAAGGGGAAGAAAACCGAUGGAUCAGUUAAUGCAUAUGCUGUCAAUGUGACCAUGAAGAGAAAAUACAGGCAGUACAUGAACAGAAAAGGUGGAUUCAACAGACCACUGGACUUCAUCGCUUGAAAGUAUCAGCAACUCAUUGUGAUACCCAAGAAGCUUACCUCUGUCCUCCCCUUCACAGUGGAUGAUAUUGUUUUAUUUCCUGUUAUUUCUAACUUGUUUUGUGUGAUGCAACAAUUCUGUAUAUAUCUUUUUACAAGUAGACACAUACAUGUAAAUAUUAGUGCUUGCAGUAGGCCACAGCUGAGUAUUGAGAGGAGAUCCUGUGUGGACACAAUGGGGAUUUUUGGAUGGUGUUUUAUUUGAAAUAAAAGCAUUUUAAAAUGA